AACAAAUCAAGAUAUCUCUUCUCUUCUUCAAAAGUGAGAUCUCUGCAAUGUUCUCUUUCGCUCUCUGAUCUAUUCCCCUUAACGAUUGCCUUUCAAAAUUCUUAUCAAGUUAUGUCGUCAUCUCCCAAUGGAAACGAAUCCAACCAUUAUCUGGCUAAACCAACUUUUGAAUCUGUAAGUCAUGACCUCAACACCCGUGAAUGGGAUGACCUUAUAGAAAAAUCAGAUAUUAGCAAUCAGUCUCUGCCAACAAAAGACGUGGAACCUAUCGAACCUCUGCCACCAAUUCAAUUUAUGACACAUACCUCCAAAACAAAGCGGCCUGUCACAGAGGAUUACAUGGUUCAAUGUGCCGAUUGUAAGAAAUGGAGGCUCAUACCUUCGAUGCAACACUAUGAAACAAUCAAAGAAACACAACUUCAAACCCCCUUUGUCUGCGAGAGAGCAUGUGCUUGGACGCCAAACAUGUCUUGUAAUGUUCCUCAAGAUGGAACAACAUGUGAUACAUGGUCUAACAUCCCUCCCAUACCCACCGGCUGGUCACGCUCUGUGUAUAUUAGAAGUGAUUCCACAAAAUUCGCAGACGUCUAUUAUUUUCCUCCAUCGGGAGAGAGGCUACGAUCACCAGCUGAUGUCCGAAGUUUCUUGGACAACCACCCAGAAUAUGUGAGAGCAGGGGUGAAUUCUUCUCAGUUCUCAUUUCAGUUGCCGAAACCCCUGGACGAGAACUAUGUGAAGAAGCGCACUCGACCAGUAGUUUGUAUGAGUAUGUCGCAGUCCUGCUAUGAAAACAAAUCCAAUAACAUAAUGGAGGAAGGAAAGCUUGCUGUCCAAAGUUCGCGAGGAUCGAGAUCGUCUUCACCUAAUGAGGUAGCUGAGGAUAGAGGUGAGAAUCAGUUGGUGGUUUAUGACUUGAAAGGAAAUGAUACUGAAGAAGAAGUUCUACCGAUUCAAUCUCAGCUUCCGUCAUCCAGAACACAGUGUCCCUCUAUUGGGGCUUUUACGGUUCAGUGUGCUAGUUGUUUCAAAUGGAGACUUAUGCCUUCGAUGCAGAAGUAUGAAGAGAUUAGGGAACAACUUCUAGAAAACCCGUUUUUCUGCGAAACAGCACGUGAGUGGAAGCCAGAUAUUUCUUGUGAUGUUCCUGCAGAUAUCUAUCAAGAUGGAACUCGUGUUUGGGCUAUUGAUAAGCCGAAUAUCUGUCGCCCACCCGCUGGAUGGCAACGUUUAUUGCGGAUUAGAGGUGAAGGAGGUACCAGAUUUGCCGAUGUCUAUUAUGUUGCUCCGUCAGGGAAGAAGCUUCGAUCAACUGUGGAGGUCCAAAAGUACUUAAACGACAACCCCCAAUACAUGAGUGAAGGGGUGAAACUUUCACAGUUCUCGUUCCAAAUCCCGAAACCGCUGCAGGAUGACUAUGUGAGGAAGCGCCCAGCUCGACUAGUGGAUUCCAUCGAUAAUACAAACACCCAUGUAGCUAAAGAAGCUAAUCCACUGGCAUGGAUCUCUCCAGAUGAUCAUAUAGCGUUGCAGCUAGGUACGCCAACCGAUUCUGGACUUUACAAUUCACAUGAUCAACCAUCGAAAAAGAAAAAAACAUCAAAGCUAUCGAUCUUUGGCUCCAAUGACGAACUUGCUGAUAGAUAAUCUAGCUUGACAAGAGUGAGCUAUCAUCUUCUCUGGUAUAUAACCCGUCUUCUAUCUUCGUUUUUUGGGUUUGUUUAAUCGAAGAAACUGAGAGCAUGUGGUUAGCUUGUUUUUUUGUGUAUACCAUCUAUUUUGUUUUGCAGUGUAAGAUACUUUCUAUGAAGAAGAUGGGUCCUUUUGGUUUUUGCUUCCAAAUUACUGGAUUUCAUGGAACUUGAAGUUAAUGUUUUU